GCUCUGCGCAUGCGCCCCGGUCCUCCCGGAGUUUCGGCCUGUUCCGCCGCCGCUCGGUCAUUUUCGCCUCUUUGUUACACUGAUAGUGGAUUUAACUCGGAUUCAACCCAAACAUCCAGCGGACCGUGCGGCUCUCCUAAAAGGCUUUGAUGAGAGGCGCUCCGUGAUGAGCAGCUAACGCUGUUGGCCGCACUACAAGACCAGACGUGGCCGCUGCUCCACCCACAGACCACGCAUGGCGGUUUUAGGGAACCCCGACAUGCUGACGAGGAAGAUCAAGCUGUGUCACAUCAACGCACACAUCACGUGCCGCCUGUGUGACGGCUACCUGAUCGACGCCACCACCGUCACGGAGUGUUUGCACACCUUCUGCAGGAGCUGCCUUGUGAAGUAUCUGGAGGAGAACAACACGUGCCCCACGUGUAGGAUUGUUAUUCAUCAGAGCCAUCCACUGCAGUACAUCGGCCAUGACAGAACAAUGCAGGACAUCGUCUACAAACUGGUACCGGGACUUCAAGAGGCGGAGAUAAAGAAGCAGAGGGAGUUCUAUCAGAAGUUGGGCAUGGAGGUUCCCGGGGACAUAAAGGGAGAGCUGUGCAACAUGAAGACUCAUCUAGAUCAACGAAACGGUGAUGCAAAAUCUGAAGACACGACCAACAAAGAGGCAGGAGAGGAGAAACCGGAGGAGGAUAACGACUAUCAUCGUAGCGACGAACAGGUCAGUAUCUGCCUGGAGUGCAACAGCAGCAAACUUCGCGGCCUGAAGCGUAAAUGGAUUCGCUGUUCGGCGCAAGCCACCGUCCUCCACCUAAAGAAGUUCAUCGCCAAAAAGCUCAACCUGACGUCGUUCAACGAGCUGGACAUUUUAUGCAACGAGGAAAUCUUGGGAAAGGACCACACUUUGAAAUUUGUCGUCGUGACGAGAUGGAGAUUUAAGAAAUCUCCGCUCCUGCUUCAUUACAGACCCAAGAUGGACCUGCUGUAGCUGCAAACGGACACGAUGGUUGUUCAAUCCGGAUCCUUCUCGGCGGCCCGAAGGUCGCAGACUGUGCCGAAACGUAACGUUUAUUGUUUUUUAAUUUAUGCAAAGACGAUCAACCAACACCAAGCAAACGCCAGACAGUGAACAAAAAGCCAGCGAAUCGUCACCGAACAGGACAAAAACCUGGUGCCCCCCCACAGCACAGCAACCGCAACACAACUGAAACAACCAUUUUGUUGUCCGCUACAUCCUGCAUAUGGGAACAAAAACAGGAAAAUU